AUGCAGCACCUGUGUGCAUACAUGCUGAUCUUUGUGAUGGCUCUGGCUGCCUUCUCCGAAGCUUCUAGAAAGCCCUCCUCCCUGAUGCAGGACCACCCCUCGGGUUCAGUGGCAAGCCAGGGCCUGGAGCUGCACUGGCCAGACCAGUUGGGCCCAGCCUCUCGUCACCAAAGGCAGCUGGGGGCCCAGGGCCCCCCACACCUUGUGGCAGACCUGGCCAAGAAGCAGGGGCCGUGGAUGCAGGAAGAAGAAGAAGCAUACGGAUGGAUGGACUUUGGCCGCCGCAGUGUGGAGGAAGGGGAUGAACAUCCCUAG